GUAUAAAGUGUAUUUGAAUGGUUGCAUCUUAGGCACAUUAUUUCCUGUGAGCUCCCAAGACCUUUUUUUUUUAUUAAUAUCUAGAACAUAUGGAAUUUGUUGUUUUUUAUGAGCACUGCCUUGUGUGUGUGGAGUUUGCAUGUUCUCUCCGUGCCUCGGGGGUUUCCUCCGGGUACUCCGGUUUCCUCCCCCGGUCCAAAGACAUGCAUGGUAGUUGUCCCUAGUGUGUGAUUGCGUGAGUGAAUGAGAGUGUGUGUGUGCCCUGCGAUGGGUUGGCACUCCAUCCAGGGUGUAUCCUGCCUUGAUGCCCAAUGACGCCUGAGAUACACAGGCUCCCCGUGACCCGAGGUAGUUCGGAUAAGCGGUAGAAAAUGAGUGAGAGAGUGAGUGAGUUAGAUUACUGAAAAACAGAACACAGAAGUGUGUCUGUGUGUGGGUGUGUUUCACACCCUAGCUUCUGGAAAUGCAUUCGAUUAAGAACACGCCCUAACACAGCUGUAUACUUUAGGGAACAUGAUGCACACACACGUGUAUGUGUAGAAACUACAGUACCAAAAUGACACUCCCAUAUUGUGUGAAACACAGAUACUGCAGCCUUCACGUAACACAAGCACAUUUUCAGAUGAACUCCUAGAUAACACACACAGCAUCAGUGUGUGUGUGUGUGUGUGUGUGUGUGUGUGUGUGUGUUAUUCACAACAGUCUAGUGCAGGUUAAAGCAUUUCAUUGUCAUCCAUAUAUACAUGAAGAGUCACACUCAUUUGUGGUUACACACACUCACAGGCUCACUCCAAGCAGAAAGAUCUUCCCACCAAUACAUUAAUAUUAAUAACACAUGCUGUUGUGUAAGGCUUAUCAUUUUUUAAUAGACCCAUGUGAUGUUACACAACAUAUGGGUGUGAACUUCUCAAAAUCAACAUACCGUGUUAUUCUGACUGCAUUGUUAAAAAUACACGUUGAAAGAGAUAGAAGAUAAUAUAUUUUCCACCAUAAUUACAACAGAAUAAUGUUAUUAAAACCAUUGAAAACUGGAAUUAACUCCCAGAUUAGUUACUGAACAUGUUUUUAUAAAUAUUUAAUGUUGUAAAUUAUUUAUAUACCUAAUCUAAAGAAUAUUCAUAAAUUGUCAUCACUGUGGUCCAGGGUUGCCAGGUCUGCAUACCAAAAUCACUUCACAACCAUUUCAUGAUCAUGCAUUAAUCUUAAAUGCUUCUUUUACCAAGGUCUUAAAAGGUGUUAUAUGAUUACUUUUGUAAUUUUCAUAAGCAAAACCAUAUAAAAUGACAAAUCAGGAUUUUGGCCUUAAUCCAUUUUGCUUGGAUUAUAGAGUCAAACAUUCAGCAUGUGGAAGCUACCACAUUCAUGUGGUUAUAAAUGUGGAAAGUUGACUAAGUCACUGAGACUCAACACAUCAAAACACACAAUAAAACAUUCAAAAAACGUUCAGAAAACGUCAGCGGUUGUAGUCCAAUUUACAGUAGCAGAAAAACACAAAUCUCUGCAACAAUGCUAAACAUUUACAUAAUUGUACCCAAAUGAAAGUGUUGCCAUCAUUUCCUAACCAUGUUUUAGGCUCACCUGUGAUGAUUAAAGCUUUUAUCAUCAUUUUUUUAUGUUAUAGAAGUUAUACAAGUCACUCUUCUGCAGUAGAGCCACUUCUUCAUGCCCUUAUCCAGACAUGCCAGAGGGCACAAGGGCAACAUUGCCCCGCCCUCAUCAAGAAUGCUGAAGCCAUCUCAGCCUAAAAAGAUUGAAAACAAUACUCUGAGUGUCUCCCCUGCUCUCGAGGGUACCAAGCGGUGGCAGAGGCUGGACAAAGACCCCAAUUCUCCACAGAGAAAAAGAAUGACUGAUGACUGCUCACUGGAACAUGACAUGGGCGUAAAAUAUGGAUGUCACAAAGACAACACGUCACACUUUCACAAAGAUCCAUCUGUCUAGUAAAAGUGAGGGAGAGACAGAGGUGUUGUUAUGUUACUAGGGUUAGAGCCGCUGAAUUAGAUAGUGCUGGUGAUUGGGCAGGAUAAAGAUGUGCAUUGAGUCGGCAGAGCAGGAAGUGGUCAGUCGCAGUUCCACGAAGCUGAGUGCAUUUUCUACAAAAUGCUGCAGUUCCUAUCUUUAUUUUUUUAAAUUAGAGUAGUGAUUGAAGGUGAAUGACUGUAAUCGUUAUAGUAAAAAAGCAGUUUGUUUUAUGAUUGAUCUGAAAAUUUUGUUUGCAUUUUGCAAGUUUUUGGGACUUUUGCUUCUAGUUGAAAAGAGUAUCAGCAUUUUGGAGCCAUGGCAUUUAAUCAGCUCGACUUAACAGGGGGCAUUUCUUACAUCUGUACUCUCUUCAGCUCUGUAAUUUAUAGCUCAGAAGUAUUAGAAAUCCAAAGAAUUGCUUGUUUGGGUCAGACUUUCGGAGGAUGAUGGUGCUUUAAGGAAAGGGGUUUCUUUUAGACACCCAGGAUUGUGAACAUCGCUAGAGACAGAAACUUGUCCAACUCCAGAAGUCAGCAGAUGCAUCUCACCACAGUUUGCUCUACAUUAAAGAGAUUGGGCAUGGAUGGUUUGGCAAGGUGUUGUUGGGGGAGGUAACCUCUGGCCUCAGCAGUACUCAGGUGGUGGUGAAGGAGCUCAAGACAAGUGCCAGUAUUCAGGACCAAAUGCAUUUCCUGGAGCAAGCACAACCUUACAGAUCUCUGCAGCAUCCUGCUCUAGUGCAGUGUUUGGCUCAAUGCACUGAGGUCACACCCUACCUGCUGAUCAUGGAGUUCUGUCCUUUGGGUGAUGUGAAAGGUUAUUUGCGCAGCUGCAGAGCGGCAGAUUCUGUGACUCCUGAUCCAUUGCUCCUUCAAAGAAUGGCUUGUCAGAUUGCUUCUGGCCUUCUGCAUCUCCACAAACAUGACUACAGACACAGUGAUCUGGCUUUGAGAAACUGCCUUCUCACGUCAGAUGUUACUGUCAAGAUUGGAGAUUAUGGCCUGUCACACAGCAAGUAUAAGGAUGAUUACUUUGUGACAUCAGAUCAGUCCUGGGUACCGUUACGCUGGAUUGCCCCAGAACUGGUGGAUGAAGUUCAUGGCAACAUACUGAUGGCAGACCAAACAAAACAAAGCAACAUUUGGUCUCUUGGGGUAACUAUGUGGGAGUUGUUUGAGUUGGGGAACCAGCCUUAUAGACACUACUCUGACCGGCAGGUCCUCAACUUUGCUGUGAAGGAUCAACAACUUAAACUACCAAAGCCAAUGAUUCACUUUCCUCUUUCUGACCGUUGGUACGAAGUGAUGCAGUUCUGUUGGCUUCAAUCAGACCUAAGGCCUAAUGCUGAGGAAGUUCACCUACUGCUCAGUUACCUGUGUGCCAAAAGUGCCAGUGAGGCAGAAGAAGAUUUUGAGAGGCGCUGGAAUUCAAUGAGACCCAACAUGACUCUGCACGGGGCUGGUCCCCUGACCUUGGAGUUGCCACCGUCUUUGACCACCUCAUCUUCAUUCCCUUUACUGGAGCAAUUUUCAGCUGGUGAUGGCUACCAAUCAGAGUCAGGAGAUGACAUUCUCACAGUUACUGAAACCAGUCAUGGUCUGAACUUUGAGUACAAAUGGGAGCAAGCAAGAGCUAAACAGCCCUAUCCCUCCUCAUCCACCAGUGCAACAUUAGAUCAAGGGAAUCACCAUUGUCAGGAUGUCUAUUACCCUCCUGGAGGUAUGGAAGGUGAAUGUGGGAUUAAUCGCCUUACUUUAGGGUUCUCUCCCCAAUACUAUGACCCCAAGCAAUUACACACUCCAGGUGUUGUUCCAGUUCUCAGUGCACAUAGUCCAUCAGUGAAUAGUGAGUAUUACAUUCGUAUUGAAGAGCCAGUAGAAUGCAAUAUUGACAUGGAAUACACAAUGUGUGCAUACAGCCCUGAAUUUGGGGGCAGCAAUGGUAGCUUUCUCACUGGUAGUGGAGACUCAGGGGAUUGUAUGAAUUGUCCUUCUAAAGGCAAGCCAAUUGAAACAUACUGGUCAGCUGAAAUCCAUAAAAGCAGUGCCUAUGAUUCAGACUGCAGUCCAACCAUGUCUCUAACUAUGGAGCCACUUCUAGGUCAGGUAUCUGAUUCCAGCCCACUUAGGCCAUGGGAGUCAGGACAUUAUGUAUCAUACAAGGACAGGGAUGGAGGCUAUUACUAUGAAAACUCACCAUCACUGGGUAUGGAUCGCUACCUGAUUGGAGGCCUAUCAGAACCCAUGAGGGAGAGUUGGGGGUCCCGAAGCCUGAGACAAGCAUUGGGUGAGAUUGAGGAACCCUUGGGGAUCUCACACUCGAUCAGCAGCUCCCCACAGGGCUAUGCUGAACCUUAUCUAGAGAGAAGCCAUGGGUCAGUACUUGGGAAGAAUGUAACUGGAGGAUACUAUGACAUGAUGGGUUCUUUGAGAAAGAUCAUGCCAGGGAACCACUCAGUGUGUAUUGACAUGGAAUCGGGGGGAGCUGUGUUUGUGGGGCAAGAUGAGAGUGACUCUGAAGAGGAGGAGGAUCUAUUCACUGAAAGGCAGGCAAUGGGCUGGUCUACCAACCACUCAACAAAAAGCCAUUUGAGCUUGUCUCAAAGACGUUCGUCAAAGCAAGAUGUAUAUGCAGACUUUCAUUACACUAUGCCAAUGACUGAUAUUGAGGAUGCAUGGCCAGAGAACCACAGUCUCCCAUACCGCUCUACCAAAACAAUUAAAUACUUGGAAGGCAGAGCCAAAAGCAAUACCUGCCCAGUGCAUGGCAGACAAGCAUCACUAUCCUCAGCAGACUGCAGCUCCUAUAUUCAUCUCUGUAAUGAACCUCGAGAAGCAGAGGUGUACCCUGUACCUUGUUGUCAGGCUUUAAGCAAUUCCCAUUUUGUAGAUCCUCUUACAGGGUCAUUAGUUAGAAAUUGUUUCAUGAAUGACAAUAUUUCAGACAAAAACACAGGCAUACCUAGCAGAAACCCACAAGUCGGCCAAGCUACUUUACCUACUGGACAAUUAAUUUCAAAAUCAGAGGCAGCAAAAAACAACAUAAAACAGACAGAACACCCAGAAUAUGUUGACACUGGUGUCAGAGAGGAGAUUUACAAUCAAGACAGUACUGGACAACAAGAUACUAGACAAAUUGACAUGAAAACAGAGAUUUUAACCAUAACUCAAGAAGUGGACAAACCCCUUCUUGAGAUCUCUUCCAAAGAGUCUGAAUCAGACAGAAGCAAGACGGCAGACAGUGGUGUAGAACAUGGAAAUUCCUGCACCAGCCUGGUGGAAAUUGACAAUUGUAGUGACGAUGACAUUACAGAUGUCACCUCUGGGAUUUUUGGUGACUUCCCUGGAGAUUAUGCUGAGACAGCAGACUAUGCCUCACCUUCAUUCAAGUCAUUGCAGAAACAAGUAGGUACACCUGACUCCAUGGACUCCAUAGAUCUACCAUCCACUACAGGCUCCAGUGAGACUCUGAGUCCAACUUCUCUCCAUCCAUCAAAUUCCUCUAGAGCUGUGGAUAGUGGCUAUGACACAGAGAACAACGAGUCUCCUGAAUUUGUCCCCAAGGAACCCCAUGAACCACAAGAUACCAAAACCUUUAUACAGCCAUUGGGGCUUUCAGUUGCUGACUCAAUCCAAAUCAUGGAAGCAACAGAGGGAGGUGGAGCUAUCAUCCAGCAAGAGGUUGUGGAGGAUGUGGAGGAAGGAGUCACCAUGAAAAUAUCUCAGAGCACAGAAAAGCUGACUGUACUAAGUGAGAAAACCCCAUACAGAGAUUCAGCUUACUUUUCUGAUACUGAUGCAGGGAAAGAGAAAGAGAGUGAUGAAGAUAGAGAGAAAGGUACUUAUGAUCAUGAGAGGAAGGAAGAGGAAGAAAUGCAAGCAAUAGACCAAAAAACGCUACCAACACCAGUGGUAGAACAAGACAAUGAAAAACCAAAUGAUCUGGAGACAAAAGAAAACGGUGACAAUUUCUACAAUGAUAUUCAGGAAGGGACCCAAGCAACUCUACUCACAGAUGAAGAUGAAAAGAUUUCCUCCAGUUCCAUUGAACUAACUAUUAUUUCUUCUGUUUCUCCUGAUAUAUGUGAACGCCCUGUAAAUAAUACUGUCCAGGAUGAAAACUUUGACCUGACUUCAGAUGACCCUCAAGAAGUGCUGUCUGAGAAUCAAUUAUUGAAUUUUACAUACUUGACUGUUUCUGAUGUCAAACAAGAAAAUCACAAAAGUGAGGUGACAGACACCACACUUUCCUUUGACCCAUCAGCAGAUAACAGUUUAGUUGAGGACAGUAAUGUUGAGAUCGGUCCUGACAGCUUUAUCGGUGAAAAUGAAAUUAACCAGAAAGAGCAAAUUACUGAAGUAACAACAUCCAGCACAAGUUUAGAAGAACAAUCAAUUCAGGACAACAAUGACAACAGUGUGGAAAUGCUCAUAUCUGACUCAGCCAAGAAUGUUUCAGCAGAUAAUAUAACAGAAAAUCCUGACACUCAAGAUAGUAAUGCAAAAACUGGAGUUCAGUUACACAAGAGCUCCACUCGUCCUUAUUCUCCUCCUCCUCCUCGCCCAUUACUUGAGGGUCGAGUGUCCCCAGUGGAGAGAGGAGAAGCUGAUGAUGAGGACAGAGAUUCAGAGGACAGUGAUGAAUCAGAUGAGGAGCUGCGCACCUACAGUAUCCAGGAACAGAGUGAGGAAAGUGAGGAUGAAAUACUACCUGUGCCCAUUAUUGUAAGUGACUGCAGUGAUGCACACAAACUCAGAAGCCUCCUCAAGAUGCCCAGUCUUUGUAUGGAUAACCUUGGUGAUGAGUCCAAAAAGAAGGUGGUGUCCUUCUUUGAUGAUGUUACUGUCUACUUGUUUGACCAAGAAAGUCCAACUGGAGAACUAUCAGAACAUGCCUAUCCCCUGGGAGGUGAGACAAGCUCACAGGGUGCAAGGUGCACAGUGUCAAACCAACAGGAAAAGGCCAAUUCAACUGAUGACUCUUCAGAUGGAAAUGUUUCAGAAGAGAGUACAGGGUUUGAGUGGGAUGAUGAUUUCUCUUUGCUGCCACUACCAACGUCAUCAAUGGAAUCACCCUCGGACAUCAAGGCUAAAACAAGCCUUCCACCCAGUGCUACAAUUAACAAGCCUGUUGUGCAAUUCUCACGCUUCACAGUUUCUCCAUCCCCAAUUUCACGAUUCUCCAUCACCCAUGUUUCUGACUCAGAUGUGGAUUCGGCAGGAGGAAGCAGUGAGGAUGGCGAUAAAGAAUGAGCACUGCACACCACUGCCAUCUAUGUGGAGUGUUCUGCAUGAAACUCUUUUCUUCACAUGUACUGGUCAUUUGGAAUGAAAAUUAUACUCUUUCAAAUAUGUUUGGGAUGCCAUCAAGGACAGUGCCUAAUAUUGUUUUCAACUAGUUAUACAACGGUCUUUAUUGAACCAAACAGAAAUGAACAUAUCUGUGGCCACAUGCUUUUUAAGAAGAAUAUUAUAAAUAGCAAAAUUUCCAAGUAAUACCAUAUUUGUUAAAAUCAUAUUUUAAACUAGUGACAAUUUCGAAAUAACUAAAGAAUAUGAACUGUGAAGACAUGGAAUUUAUAAAGGAUUCCACAUAUUUUCAUGAAUGAUUGGUAUGAUCUUGAAAUGAAGGAUAACAUGAACAUUUUUCCAGAAGCUAAUUGUAAACUAAAUCAAGAAACCUUUUUCAAGGACAUUGACUUUGACUGUGAAGUAAUGAUGAACUAAUGAACAUAUUGCUAACGAUGAGUUAUGUUGCUAUAGGAAGAGAAAUUAAGUGAGACUACUAUUUGUCAAUGGCUGAUUAAGGUCUUGUUAUUUUAUUUGUGAGAAGGCAAAACUCAUCUACUUUUCACCUUCUAUUUUUUUUUUAUUGGGCAUCAGAGCAACAGGGUUGUGCCUGUGUCACAUAACGAAAAGUUGUGGACUUUUGAAAGCUGUUUUAAAAAUGUUUGGGAGAGAGGAAACACAUAGCUGCCUUGAGUCAGCCAUCUACUUGUAAGUAGCAGAUUAUACAGGGUCAUAAAACAUCAUGAGACUUAGACCAGCUCUGUCAUGUUAUUACAAAUGAUAUCUCGAAUGAAAUUCAUAUCUUUUUUUAUUGUCUUAGAUUUUUGGAGAGGCAACCAUUGCCUGGUUGAUGAAAACAGUUCUAAGAACUACUUGUUUCAGUAUUUACUUAUAAAUUUAAUGUAUAUUAUUGUCAGUAUCAUGCAUAAAUUUUUGAACUCAUGUUUUACUGGUUUCAUUUUGGCCCUUGAAUAAGAACUGCUAAAGAAACCCAAAAUGGGAAAAACACAUGAUAAUUUCAAAUGCUUGAGAACUUAACAAAGUUCUUGGUACUGGACCCUUUAGUCCUUUAGUCUAUGUAUGCAUUUUCUAGUUAGCAUGUAUAAAUGAUACUGUACAUGUCUGCUACCUUAUGAGGACCAGAGCUGGGAUGUGUUAUGUUUAAGGUGUUUAUAACUUUUUUAUUUAAUACAUGAUGCCUGUCUUGUCACUUUUGAGAAAUUUAUAACGAAAUAGAAGGAAGAAAGACAUAUACUAAUGGCAUUUAGUGCACAGUUUAUGGACAAUGUAUUAUUAUAAUUAUUUAUUAGAAUAGACAAAAACUACUGAACAAAAUUUACCUUACGUUUCUUACGUUGGAGAAUAACUGUCCAAUAUAAGUUGAAUAGUCUUGUGAACACUGUUGGGGGGAAAAAGUCAUUUCUUAGUAAGAAAAUGUUUGACAAGAUAAAUAGGAAUUUAAAACACUCUGAGAUAUCUGUAUUUUGGAUCCCCUGAAUUUGGGAAGAAAAGAAAAAUCACAUCCUCUCACGUUUAAUGUUUGCCUCUUACAGCAUCACUGUUCUAAAUAGGGUAGCCUAGAUUGAACUAGACAGCAAUCUGUACUAUUUUUGUAUUCUUUGAAACAGAUUUAAAAUCCUAAACUGUAUUAUAAUGUUGCUGGACUGUAAAGAGUUUAUCAUAAUAUGUUUUCUGCCAAAGAGAUGCAUUCUAUUGGUAAAAAUGGGGAUGUUGGCUGGAAUUGCUGGACACUAACAUGACUUGAUAAUCAUGGGCUAAUGGAAAAUGUUCUUGAUUGUAUUGUGUGACUGUCUUCAUAAGAAAUCCAGCAAAAGGGUCUGAGUCAAUAGAAUACCCUGAUCUGUGUGAGAUUCUGGUGAUUUAUGGUGAAGGAAAUCUUGUAUUUGAGUGUAGUGAGCAAAGAAGUGGUUAAAUGAUUCUAUGGAGUAUGAAUCCAUAAAGAUAUAUAUUGGUUAGAGAUAAAUGUUAUGUGAAGGUUCCCAUAAAUAUCUGUCCCUCAUGGAUGUCACAUGAUUAGUGACUGUAC